ACAUUCAGGUGAUACAGCACAUACUAAGCUACUGAAUGUUUCGAGUUGUCCACAAACGCAUCUUCUGUCAAUCGGACUUUUUUCUUUCCCUUCAUCAACACACGGUACGCUGUUUUUAAUGUGUUUGUGGAUUUUGUUCGAUGUUCGCAUUGUCAGCAGAUUUUGUUGAGGGUUUGCAUUCAUCCAUGAGCUGUUUUGUCACUUGCUUCCUGAUGCUGGUAUAGAUACUCCAAACCUGUUUGACUAUUUCUCCACUAUGAGUGUAUGAUGCCUAAGAGUUGCUGCCAUGGCCUGCAGCAGCGGCAGUCAGAGCAAUGCAGAACCUUUGGAGGGGUUUCAUGAGGUGAACCUGGCUUCACCCACCACACCUGAUCUUCAGAACCAAGCUGAGCAGCGUCCUCCUGUUCGGCACAGCACUCCUCCAGCCUCUCUUUAUCGCACCCACUCGCUUGGAGCGCCUCCUUCUGGUCUCCCCACCUCCCUGCGAGCAGAUCAGCUCCCCACACAGCCCGUUUACUCAUUACCAAGACACAGCCACAAUGGAAGUGUUCCAGGCCUGGAGGUGGACUCUGCAGAUGGGGAAGAUGGCGAGGAGUGUAGUGCUUUGAGUGACAGCCUCGCUCGGCUACACAGCCCCUCUGUAAUGGAAGUCAGAGAGAAAGGUUAUGAGAGGUUAAAGGAGGAACUUGCCAAGGCCCAAAGGGAGCUGCUGUUGAAGGAUGAGGAGUGUGAGAGGUUGUCUAAAGUCAGGGACCAGCUUGGCCAGGAGCUGGAGGAGCUCACCGCCAGCCUCUUCCAGGAGGCCCACAAGAUGGUUAGAGAAGCAAACGUUAAACAGGCCAAUGCCGAGAAACAAUUGAAAGAAGCUUUGGGCAAGAUUGACGUCCUCCAGGCUGAGGUGCAGGCACUGAAGACCCUGGUCCUCUCCUCUCCAACCUCCCCAGUGGGUGAACUCCCCUCCAGUGGGGGGAAGACACCUUUCAGGAAGGGGCACAGCAGGAACAAGAGCACUUCCUCUGCCAUUCUAGGCACACAACCGGACCCAUCGGCAACACAGCCGAUAGUCCGAGAGUGUCGAGAGGUGGACAGUCACUUGUUCAAUGAAUUCAAACUAUGGAAGGAAGAGCCAACGCUGGACCGAAACUGCAACUUUUUGGAGAGAAUUUAUCGUGAGGACAUCUACCCAUGUCUCACUUUCAACAAAAGUGAGUUGGGUGCAGCCAUCCUGGAAGCUGUGGAGCAGAACACUCUCAGUGUGGAGCCAGUGGGUUUCCAGCCCUUACCUGUGGUCAAGGCUUCAGCAGUGGAGUGUGGUGGACCAAAAAAAUGCGCCUUGAGUGGUCAGACCAAAACCUGUAAGCACAGAAUCAAAUUUGGAGAUUCAUCCAACUACUACUAUGUAUCUCCCUACUGUAGAUACCGAAUCACAGCGGUGUGCAACUUCUUCACUUAUGUGCGAUAUAUUCACCAAGGGCUGGUUAAGCAGCAGGAUUCUGAGCAGAUGUUUUGGGAGGUGAUGCAGCUCCGCAGAGAAAUGUCUCAAGCCAAGCUGGGAUACUUCAAAGAUGAACUGUGAACUGGCAAAGCACUACAAAGAGAAAGCUCUACAAUCACCAUGGACUCUUACCUGACGUCCUUCCUCUUUGCAAAAAAAAAAAAUUAAACUGGCCCUCUUCGUCUUGAUCUUAAGAAAGCCCCACAGUCUUGUACCUUUUAUUUAAAAUGAGUGAGUGAACCCAAAUUACCGGUAAUAAAAAAAAAAUAUUAAAAGGAGCUACUAAGUAAAGAAUUAAACAUCAAUAUCAAAAGUACUUUAAAUUACACUAACGUUUCUGCAGUAACACACAUAGGUCCACAGGGGAAAACUGCUUCUUAAAUGUAGUUUUUUUUUUGUUUUUUUUUUGAGUAAAUUGGAUUUUAAGUCCCCAUCUGAAUUCCACAAUGAACACUUCAAAUUAUUAGCUUUAAACACACAUUUUGCUUUAUUUAAUGUAAAUUAUUACUUUACAUUUUGAACCCAACAUUAAUUUUAAGGAGCUGAAUAGAAAUGCAUUAUUCAAAAUUGGUGGCAGGUGAGAAUGAAGUAUUAACCAUUUAUUUAUUUGUAAUUUAUGCUGGGGUAAAGGCAUGCAUUGAAUGCUAAUCUGAAGAAGUAUGAUGUUUAUAAAUGUGUGAAUGGUUUCCACAAAAACUGGUCUGGAAUAUAUAGAUUCCACUAUGUAUACCAAGUUUGUAUGACUGCUUUGUGUAAAUAAUCAUAGUAUUCCCCAUCUGUCUCCCUUUUAUUCAAUGUCAAACUUCCUGAUUUGGUUUAGUGCCUUUUCUCUCAGACACAGAAAUAAAAUAAAAACUGUUUAA